AUGGGAGGCGCGGAUGACAACUCUGAGCUGUACGUGGCUAUCGUAGCACUUAUUAUAGCUGUCAUAGCCUUUGCGACAACAGUCAUCCAACUCGCGCAGAGUAUCAUUGCCACAGCGCGAGGCCUUCCUAACUGCGAUGAGCGUGUGAUGGGGAAAUGGGCCGACCUGAGCUCCCGAAAAUUCAAGUGGUGGCAGUUAAGACUUGAAAUCGACUUCCAGGCCCCUGUGAUCUUCCUCGCGCCCGCUAAUAAUGUCCGAGGACCUGUCAAGGAUGAGCACAACAAUGAUGCGCCAAUAUUCUACGCAAAUGGAACCGAGGAAAGCUUCGACGCAUUCGGAGUUAGUGAAUAUCAACAAGACGAUGCUUUUAACCAGCGAAUGGGACGCCAGCGGGUCCACACUGUGAACAACGAACUUGCGACUUGGGUGACACUUCUAAGUGCCAUUCAGACGAUGGAGAAAAGUUCAAGGUCGUGGGAAUUCAAGCGAUGGCAAGAUAGUUUACAACCUCAACCCACCUUGAAGGAGCAAUCAGUUACGCUCGCAGUCGGUCUACAGAAGAAAAAGCGCAGUUUCGAUGCGAAUCCAACAGUCAAAAAGCCGUACGCCACAACAACCCUCUGUCACCUCGUCGAGUUGACUGCCAUACUUGGGCUAUACUGGAAGGAGUUCAACAGAGACCAGGACAAGUAUCGUGCCGAGGGCAACGGCUACAGCCUACUCGGGACACGGGUGGACGACUUUGGCCUUGUGUUUGUCUUCGAGAAGACUGGAUGGGCAACCUUCGAGCAAAACCGAAUCAUCCCAACCCGCGAGGUCAAAGAGUUGUGUUUCGGCAGCCUCCCUACGUUCUACCGCGAAGUAGACCCUGCAUCUGACGAAAUGUGGAGCUCCCGUUUAAUGGAACAGAGAACAAUGUCAACUUUGCGGCUUGGAAGUCGACAAGAAAUCGUGGAUACUCUAAGUCUCAUCGGAUGCAAUACAAACACAACACUCUAUUAUCAGAAGGAUGGAUCAAAGAAUACCCACCUGUUUCCGGUCACGUUUGAGAUCAUGGGCAUGCUUGGUCGCACAUUACAUGUCAUGAAUCGCCCGUUCCGCUUCCUGCCGAACCCAACCAUAUUCGCUUGGAACUCGCAGCGAUUCAAUAUGCGAAGAAUGCUCAGCGAAUUUGAGAAGAGCCUGCGCGCUAACUUGGACGCGUCUUCACGGACUCGGCAUGCCAUCUCAGAAGAUUUGGAAAGAGUCAUGGCCAUGGCUGCCAUGUUACAGCGCAAACUCCCAGAGCAGAACGCCCAGUUUGCGCCGCAGGAUCUUAAUGAGAUCCACGGUGUGAUAGACAGUAUUACUGGCAUGCUGUCUGAGGCAACAAAGGAUAAGAAGGUCGUCCUAGAUGUCUUGCGUCGUCACAUCCAAGAGGUUCUCCUGGCUAUCAACACUACAGCCGACCAGACCCAGGCGCUGAACCCGGCCUCACCAAUUUCACGUCCUGUGUCCUUCGACGACCUCUUAGAAGUGCCUCCAGAGCGCAGAGAACGUCAAUUCAUGAUGAAAUACUUUGGAGAGAUCCGACUUAGGGUUAUCAGCAUUGACUCCGAGCACGAUGAUCUGCAGGCACAAGUAUCCCUUCAUAUCCACACUAGUAGCCCGCAGCAACAAGAACAGACAGCUCAGGACGAUAUGAAGGCACAAUCUGACCAGAGGCGGGAUCAGAAGCAAGCUGCACAGCCUCAACCAGCGACGGACAAUAGUCCAAAUACCGAUACCGCAGCGGCUUCGCCGGACCCGCAGCACCGCGCCCCAGCUCCUUCAGGCUCGCCCCCAAUGUCCAACUCAUCUCAGUUUCCUUCUGCAGGGCUGUCGCGUCCGGUUCUCCGUGCAGACACUGAUACCACUGGAUGGGGGAUAGGAAGUAGGACCAGUACUAACCAAAGUCACGCCCACCGGAGCGAGACGUGGAACACCACAAUGAGCGAUCGGUUCGAACCACGUCGAAAUGACAUAUGGUGCGCACUGGUCCUUAGAAUGCUUUGUUGGCUCCUCUUGCACGAUUUCGACAAGAGGGAUGUGCAAGUACCAAAGAGCGAGCUGAUGGGCAGUCGGCUGCCUGUGUAUAUUAUGUGA